AUGCUGCCUCCAAAUUCAAGACGCGUUGAUCUCAGCGCCGGCCCAGUCACCGUGGGCCGUGCUCUGCCCCGUGACGAUGCUCGAAGCGCCAAGUCUUGCAACAUGUAUAUCCGCAACACACAUCUUUCCAAAUCGCAUGCGCGGCUUUGGGCUGACUCGGAUGUGGUGUACGUGGAAGACUGUGGAUCCACUUUCGGAACGGUCUUGAACAACCAGUUGCUCUUGCCUAAUACCCGUGUGCGUCUUUUUGAAGGCGACACCCUUGGAUUCAUUGUCAAUCGCCCCUCUAGUGUGUUGGGCCAGAUGCGCACCAACGCCACUAGUGCGGUGCCUUUAGAGAAGUUGCUAAACCCACGUGUGCAAUUGCAGUUUUCCGUGGCCGAGUACGACCCUGUGGCACAGACGUUGGUUUUGCUGCCUGUUAAUGACGUCGCAGCCGAUGCGUCCGUGUUGCUCCAGGAGGACGUGACAUAUGCAGAGGCCACGCCUGAAAUGCACGGCAGCGACGACCUUGACAGGAUUGACGAGUCUGCGGCUCCGCUGGUCGAUGCUGCAGCGUUUUCUGAUGGCGAGUCCGUCGAGUCCGAGUGGCUGGGAAUGGACAAGUCUGGAAAAUCAAACGACACAGCAGAUGUUGACUCAGAAACUUCUGCGAUAGACACCGGUCGCGUCUUGGACUCGGACGACGACGCGCCAGAGGAAGAGGCCAUCAUCAAAGAGAAACUGGUCACUUUCAACGACGCAAACUUCAGCGACGACGACGAUGACCCAUACAGCUUCCGCCAAUGUUCGGAGCUGGAGGACUCAUUUGUAAAUGCUCGCAUUGAAGACGACGAGGUCAUGGUGUACCGUCCUGUGGUGAAGUACCAUGUUGUGGACUGUGAUGUGCCAGGCAUGAGCGUUUACUUCGAAGAGGACUACAACUCGGAGGACGAUGAGACAUAUAUGCAAGAGUUUGUGCAGCCCGACGUGCUGGAGCCUCUGGAUCUGGAUGACUAUGAUUUGGAUGACUACGAUCUGGAUGAUGUUGACCAGAUGGUUGACCUCGUAUCACAGUGUAUGGAGUCCGAAUCCGAAGCUGAGUCUGACGGUGAUUACUCGCUGGAGUUUUCCGAGACCGAUUCGCCGGACACAUCUAGAACGUCACAGGACACGAGCUCAUCAAGUCUGCUGAAGAAGAGAAGCCGUGAUGAAGCUGAGUUGGAUGAACCUAGCAAGGUAGAAAAUCAGCCAGCCCCAAAGAGACUGGUGAUUGGAACGGUGGCCAAGGAGGCCGCUAAGGGUGUUUUGUAUGCUGCAGGCACAAUUGUGGCGUUGGCCGCGUAUGGCAGUUUCCUCGAGCUGCAGAAGUAG